UCUCGAGGGAUUUUCCCUGAAGCUUAUUGGUAUUGGAUAGGAGUAGGAGCUACAAUUGGAUACGUUUUGCUUUUCAAUUUUCUCUUCAUCUUGGCCUUACAUUACCUAGAUCCAUUUGGUAAGCCGCAAGCAGUGCUAUCUGAAGAUACCUUGGCUGAGAAAAAUGCUAACAAAACUGGAGAAUUCGAACCACCAACAAAGACCAACAUCUUCUUUGAAAGAGAGAAGGAGAGUCAAAAUAUAUCAUCCAGGACAUUGUCUACAAGAGUUGGAAGCACCAGUGAAUUUAACCAUAAUAACAACCGAGGGAUGGUUCUUCCUUAUGAACCCCAUUCUAUCACUUUUGACGAAAUCAGAUAUGCUGUAGACAUGCCACAGGAAAUGAAAGCACAAGGUGUCGUUGAGGACAAACUGGAAUUGCUAAAGGGCGUCAGUGGUGCUUUCAGGCCAGGAGUUUUAACAGCUUUAAUGGGCGUUAGUGGUGCCGGUAAAACGACUCUAAUGGAUGUGUUAGCUGGAAGGAAAACUGGUGGAUACACAGAAGGAACCAUCACCAUAUCUGGGUUUCCAAAGAGGCAAGAAACAUUUGCCCGUAUUUCAGGAUAUUUUCCAUAA